CACACAGGCUGACAUGGCGUGUUUCGCCCAUCUUCCAGUCUCUCGACUUUUCCGUCGUCUUCGGUGGCAAGAAUACGCAUAUUUAUUGACCUUUCUUUUAGAAAUUUCACUGAAAGUGUCUGCCGAUGAUGUCACUGCGGAUCAAUCAAAAAAACUUGUGAAGACUUUCGUCUGGGACGAACGUGGAUAUUUGAUCUAUUGUCCCUGCAUGGGACGUUUUGGCAAUCAAGCAGAACAAUUUCUUGGUGCUCUUGGUUUUGCAAAAGCCAUCAACCGCACAUUAGUCUUGCCACCAUGGAGAACAUAUAAAAACAUACCAUUUGAUGAAUGGUUUCGUGUUGAGCCUUUGUCUACGUACCAUUCUCUGAUCCUAGCAGAAGAUUUCAUGGCUUAUCUGGCACCAACAUACUGGCCCCCUGGUAAUCGUACCGGCUGGUGUUUCUCAAUAGAAGAAGAUAAAACAAAAGAUUGUCGGAUGAAAGAAGGGAACCCAUUUGGACCCUUCUGGGAUGGCCUAGGUGUUGAUUUUGAUGCCAACAUGCCUUACACAGUCACUUACCAAUUACCAGAACUAUGGAAAGAAAUGUACCCGUCAUCUAAAUACCCAGUGGUUGCCAUGCGUGGAGCCCCUUCCAGUUUCCCCGUAGCAGAGCAGUAUGUUUCUUUACACAAAUAUCUUUAUUGGUCUGAUGCCAUUGAAGCACGGGUCAACGAUUACAUCGAAGAUACAUUUGAAGGAAAAGACUUCAUUGGGAUUCACUUACGGAAUGGUGUAGAUUGGGUGAACGCCUGUGCUAAUGUUGAUAAAUACAAGAUGACAUCUUACAUGGCGUCACCUCAGUGUCUCGGCUACAGAGGAAAUCGCUUAGUGACGCACCAAAUUUGUCUCCCUUCUGCUGAUGAAGUCAUUAGAUUAACGAAAACCAUUGUUACUGAAACUGGCAUCAACAUUAUCUUUGUUGCUACUGAUAAAGACCCCAUGAUUGAAGUAUUAGAGCAACAACUGAAAGCACAAAAGGUGCAAGUAUUCCAUCUAGAUCCAUGGUUACCACAACUGGAUCUUGCAAUCCUGGAGAAAUCAAAACAUUUUAUCGGAAACUGUAUUUCUUCCUUUUCCUCAUUUGUUGCUCGGGCCCGACUGCGAGAAAACGCACCAACAUCCUACUGGGGUUUCAGUUAACCUUAGUUAUCUAUUUAUACAACCACCCGUUGUGUCUUAUUUGUUCAUGUUUGUUUGUUUGUCUCUUGAGUGAUGUUAAGCAAAUUUGGUCCGUCACAUUGGAAGAAAUGUCAAAUUCUCUGAAAGCCAAAGCAGAAGAUCAAAUACCAGUGAAAACCAGAUGGAAUAAUAUUUGCACAUCUGACGUUCUUGGAUAAAGUUUUUUUA